GUAAUAGUUGGAAAAAAUUGCAGCACUACACGAAGGGAGAGGAAGAUCCUAAUAAAGAGCCGCCAAACUCGCAGUCCAAGGCAAGAGACUUGGCUUAAAAAAGCUUGAACGACAAUUAGUGGCCAUUAGCAUCUUCUUCCCCAUUAUUAUUAACCCUCUCGCAAACCCUUCAUUACAAACCGCUAAUCUCUGCCUUAUCCCCAAUUAAAAUCACUAAUCUAUACACCUCUAUGAAGAUAACACUAAAUCCGCGUUUUAGAGUGUUCGUACUGUGUUUUUACCUCUUUAACGUCGCCUCGGAGGCAGCAUCAGAUGAUGGGAACGAAGAGAGAAAGCCUUACAUCGUUUACAUGGGAGAACCGGUUCCGGGUGCUAACCCUAAUUCCCUCGAACACCAUCACAAUCUGCUAUUGACAGCGAUCGGAGAUGAACGAAGAGCAAGAGAAGUCAGAAUACAUAGCUAUGGAAAGAGCAUCAAUGGCUUUGCAGCCAGGCUUCUACCACAUGAAGCCGAGAAACUUUCACGGGAAGAAGGAGUGGUAUCGGUGUUUGAGAGCACUCGAAGAAAGCUUCACACGACAAGAUCAUGGGAUUUUCUUGGCAUGAAAGAAUCAAAGUACCAAAGGAGGAUACCCUUUGAGAGCAACAUCAUUGUUGGUGUUCUUGACACCGGAAUCUACAUGGAAUCGCCGAGCUUUAAGGACGAGGGCUUUGGCCCUCCUCCAGCUAGAUGGAAAGGCAAAUGCGUCACUGGUCCUAACCUCACUCAUUGCAAUAACAAAGUCAUAGGAGCCAAGUACUUCCGUCUGGAAUACCCAAACCCAGGUGAAAAGAACAAGUUCUCAGCCGCCGACGAAGACGGCCACGGCACCCACACCACCUCCACCGUCGCCGGAAUCUCUGUCUCUGCCGCAAGUUUCUACGGAAUCGCCAACGGCACCGCCCGUGGUGGCGUCCCCUCUGCUCGGAUCGCCGCCUAUAAGGUCUGUUGGGAAGAUGGGUGUUCGGACAUGGACUUGUUGGCAGCUUUCGACGAAGCAAUCUGGGAUGGAGUCGACAUUAUAUCGGUCUCCAUUGGAGGAGCUUCCAGCACUUAUUUUCAAGACCCGAUUGCGAUCGGAGCAUUUCACGCCAUGAAGAAGGGUAUUCUCACUUCUUGCUCCGCCGGUAACAACGGUCCCGAUCUCUUCACCGUCGCCAACUCAGCGCCGUGGAUCAUGACCGUCGCUGCCAGUAGCUUGGACCGCAAGUUUCAGACCCUUGUCAAGCUCGGCAAUGGCCUCUCUGCUCCGGGAAUUUCUCUGAACACAUUCUCACCAAAGAAGAAAAUGUACCCUCUAACGAGCGGUUUUCUCGCGUCGAACGUGUCCGAAGACGAUUAUGGAAACCCUAGUUUAUGCGAUUACGGGACGAUGGGAGAAGACAAAGUGAAGGGAAGAGUAGUGUACUGCGAAGAAGGGAGUUCAGGACAGGACAGCAACAUCAAGAACUUGAGAGGAGAAGGAGUGAUUAUACAGCUGGAGGAGCCGACAGACAUUGCCUCUGCCACUCUCAUCUCUGCUACUUACGUCUCCUACGGAGAUGGAGCCGCCAUUUCUCGUUACAUCAACUCGACUAAGAACCCUCGAGCUGUGAUCCACAAGACAACAUCUGUUAGAACUGUAGCUCCUUCCAUUGCUUCCUUCUCAUCAAGAGGGCCUCAACUGAUAAGCCCCGACAUUCUCAAGCCUGAUUUAUCAGCACCGGGGCUAAACAUCCUCGCUGCUUACUCGAAGUUUGCAUCAAUAACCGGUUAUCCAGACGACAAAAGACAAACUUUGUACAGUAUUCUGUCCGGAACAUCAAUGGCUUGUCCUCAUGCCACCGCGGCUGCAGCCUACGUGAAAUCCUUCCAUCCUAACUGGUCUCCAGCCGCAAUCAAAUCCGCCCUCAUGACAACAGCUAAACCGAUGAGAGUGAAAGGGAAAGACAUCUGCAACGCCUCGAAAGCUGAAACAUUUUCUCCAGAGCCUAUUUUAAGAGGAAGAGAAGUAGUAUACGACAACUCGAUGAGUUCAUACAUCAGAUACUUGUGCAAGGAAAAAUACAACGACACAAUGAUCAGAGUUCUUGUCGGAGGGAGGAAGGAGUACAAGUGCAAAGACUUCAAACACGGGCUUGGAACCGAUGGCUUGAACUACCCUUCGAUGCACAAGCAGCUGAGACCGACGGAUAAGAGAGUGAAUGCGGUUUUCUACAGAACGGUGACGAAUGUGGGGUUCGGAUACUCGGUCUACGUGGCCAGAGUCAGGGCUCCAAAGGGUAUGAAAGUGGAGGUCAGGCCGAGAAUUCUGAGAUUCGUAAGGCCUGGGGAGAGAAGGUCGUUCAAGGUUGUGAUCAAUGGAGUUUGGGUGAAGAACUGGACUGGAGUUGUGUCUGGUUCUCUGCAGUGGAACGAUUUAAGAGGGCAUAGAGUUAGAAGUCCGAUUCUUUUGUUCAAGCCAGACCACCAUUUCACUUGAGAAGAGGACAGAGUCUAGAGUUCUUCUUCCUCCAUUCACAGCUUGUUUCUGUUUGGAUCAGUGUUGUUGAAAUAAUAAUAAUUGAAGGAAAAUGAAAAGAAAAACCUUGUUUUUCCAUUUUCACUUAAGCAAAUCAUAUGAGAUACGGAGUGUCAGACAUCCAGUUUGAAGCCUUAACCACAGCCUCUGAAGUGAUUAAAUCAAUAAUUUAGUGAUUAAAUCAGCUGAAACAAAACCAUUAUAUUAUAUCUCGCUCGCAAUCAUAAUCAGAAUCAAGCAGGUGCGUCAUAUAAACUCAAA